UCGCCGCGCUGAGCGCAAUGGACCGCACCGCCCCGCUGCUGUCUCUGCUGCUGCCUCUGCUGCUGCUUGCUGCUUCCGCAGAGGGCGCGCCCCGGCGCGCAUCGCGCAACUUCGACGGCGCUGCGCGCUGCUUGCUCGACUGCCAGGACCACUGGAGAGUUUGCGCCAAACGCUGCUUGCCGCCACAGCCGCCGACCAACUUGACCAUUCUCGAAGGUGCGUCCCGCUCAGGAGCGCUGUCCCCGCGUCUUCUGCGGCGCGUGUGCCGCGGAGAGGACCUGCUGCGCGUCGCCUGGGACCCUCCCCCAACACAGCUGCCAGCCCCGGACCUCUACCUGGCGCAGGCCACCGACGACCGCAGCCGCCGCGCCACGGCCAACUGGACGCGACACAGGGACGUAAUACUGGACAUGCUGAGUCCGGGCCGCGACUACGUCAUCACGCUGCGGCCACUCUGGCUGGAGCCCGCUGUCGGCCGCCUCUCCAGCGCCGAUGCAGACAUAGACGGCGCUUCCGACGCUACGGUGGCCGUCUUCAGAGACGCAACGCUGCCUGCGAAGCACAACGUGUCGGGCGUGGUGGACGUGCGCACACGUGUGAUAGCGCGACCGGACGGCACCGUCGGCGCCUUCGUCUCCUGGCUACCUGGUGAAGACGCGACCUGUUUCAGCGACAUCUGGCGAGCGCCGCCGGAGGACGUCAGGGUACAUCGCGCCCACGAGCCGCUGUACCUGCCAGAGGAUCAGAGAGGAGGCGGCGCCUGGCUGUCGUACAGGCUGGACGGCCUGUCCUUCGACACUAGGUACGAGCUGCGGGUGAUUCCUCGCGACCGCAACGAGACACGUGAAGGACCCGACCGCCUUGUGGAACUUGUCGUCCCUCCCUGUGUGGACAUCUUCCCAGGCAACACACAAGUUUGUGGCGACAGCGGCACGACCACUCCAGAAGUCACUCCUUUCAUGACUGGCGGCUACCCAGCCCUAAAUGCACCAUUUCCUGACGACAGUCCGGAGCUGCCGCCAUCACUUUCUGCGAGAAGAGCUACUGCCGAAUCGCUGCACACGACACAGCUUAUCAGACUGAAGCGGACGCUCCUGACGCGGCGUGACGAAUCCGCAGGGGCGGCGCCCGCGGUGGGCGGCGCUGGAGGCGCGCCGACAGAGCGCGGGAUGCCGCCGCUGCCGUCGCCCUCGCCGUACGCGCUGGCGGCCGCUGCCCUCGCAGCGCUGGCCAUGGGCGGCGCGGGGGCGGCGUUCACAGCGCGCUGCCUCUCCCGCAGGGUUCGACGGAGGCGCGCCAAGCUCUGCUUCCAGGAACUGGCGGAGAAGGAGCCGGGCCCAGGGUCGGCGGCCGCUUCUGCUUCGACGCCUGUGCCGGAGGAGUGGGAGUCGUCGCUGGACGCAGAGGAAGCCGGCGACGGGUGGGAGGUGUCGGCGGGCCGGCUGCUGCUGGCCGACCAGCUGCUGGGAGAGGGCGCCUUCGGGCUGGUGCGCCGCGGCCUGCUGCGACAGCCCGGCCGGCCGCCGCUGCCCGUCGCCGUCAAGAUGCUCAGGGAUGACCCAUCGCCAGAGGACGUCCGCCAGUUCGAGCGCGAGAUCGAACUGAUGAAGUGCGUGGGCCGGCACCCGCACAUCGUGUCCAUGGUGGGCUGCGUCACCAACCCCACGCGCCUCAUCGUCGAGUACUGCGAACUCGGCGACUUGCUGCACUUCCUGCGCAGGGCCUGGGUAGCAGUGUCACAGAGAGAAUCCUGCUGUGACAAUAAAAUAAAAUAUGCACAGCUUCUUGCAACUCCAGGUACUCCAGAUGGAUACUAUAAUCAGAAUGCAUGUAUUGCCCAUAACCACAUGUAUGACAUGCAAAAUGAACUAAGCUCAAAUGAAGCACAAGAAGAAGACAAUGAAGUUGCUCUGAAGCCCUCAGACCUACUGUCCUUUGCACGGCAGAUUGCAAUGGGUAUGGAAUAUCUUUCAUCAAAUCAUGUGGUACACCGAGAUUUAGCGGCUCGAAAUGUUCUUGUCUGCUCCAACCGUACUGUGAAGAUAUCUGACUUUGGACUAAGCCGUGAUAUUUAUGAGCAGAACAUCUAUCGCAAGACUGGAUCAGGUCGCCUACCAGUGAAGUGGAUGGCCAUUGAAUCACUUGUUCAUCAGAUAUAUACAUCACAGAGUGAUGUGUGGUCAUUUGGUGUACUUCUUUGGGAGAUAGUGACAUUGGGAGCAACACCGUAUCCUGGGACACCAACUGGACGUGUGCUUAGAUUGCUGUGUUCUGGCUAUCGCAUGGAGUGCCCACCAAACUGCAGUCAGGAACUGUAUGAAAUCAUGCUCUGUUGCUGGAAAAUGAAGCCCAAAGAUAGGCCAACAUUUACGUACCUACGGCAGCAGUUAGAUUCACUACUUGAGAAUGCUUCACCACAAGAGUAUUUGAACCUGGAUUCCAUGAUGAACAUUGAGAACCUUCAAACAUCUACAUCUAGUACAGAGAGUCAUGACAGACAAAGUUUUACCGGUGAGAGCAUUCUAAAUGAAUUCCAAGAUCCUGAAAUUCCUAUUGAUUAUCUGGAACCAAUGUACACUGCUGGCUCUCUGCAAGCACAUUCUAUGCCAGCUGUUGGAGUUUAACAGAGACAAAAAUGUUAUACACUCCUGAAAGUAAUUGAAAGAGAGAUGCUGGAAGGUGACAUACACAAGAUAAUAUGGACCCCAGCCUUUGAGAAUUUUAUGCUCCAAGGAGAAGCAAUGGACUACACCUACUGUUUGCAUUAGCAGACUAUGAGCUUUCUUGUCUUCAAUCAUCCCAAAAUGGAUACAUGUGUCUUGAGAGUGAAAUACUUACAUAGGAAAUUUGUAAUGUAAUAAUCCUGUAAAUACUGGGUUUACAGUAUAAAAUGCACAAAAAUACAACUUUGAAGGGGAAACAAUUACUGUGCAAGCAUUUUAUAAUGCAGUUAGUGCAUAAUUCAAUGAAAACUAUAUGCUGACAGGAUUUUUUCUUGAUUUAUAUCUAAAACUAACUUCUGUGUGCUGUCAGCAAAACUAAAGUUAUGACUGUCCAUGUGUAUUACUCUCAGUCAUUUGCUUGUAGCUUGCUUUUCUGAUACAAAUGGACAGUCAGAGGUGGGCAGAAAAGCAACAAGGGUGAACACAAUGAAGGACGUCCACAUACAGCAACUUAGCAUGGUACAUUAAUACCAAUGCUGUCAAUAUUAUUGCACAGUCAAAUUCAAAUGUACUUUAGUUUUUUAUGCAGUAAACAGGUUAAAAUAUAAAAAAGUAUUGUAGAGAAAUAUAUGUUAUUCUGUUCUUGGAACUAUCCUGUCGAAACUGGUUAGCAAUCAAUAAACAACUUAGCAGUUUGGUGGGCAGAUAGUAAAAAUUUCCUGCUUUCACCUUUUACUCUCAAGUACAGCAAAUACUUUUCUGCAUUAUAAGUGUUCACUGCAAAAUAUAUUUAAUCGCACAUUACAUCAAUGACUAAAACUGCAAUUACUUGAUAAAUAUGUAUUAGUUUUUCUUUUAGCCAGAUACAAAGAAUAGAAAUUAAUUGUAAUCAAGUACAUACAUAAUCAACCAGUUCCAUUUGAAAUUUAACAACACAGCUCUCUGCAGUGUUGCACAAUCUGUAUCUGAAAUAACAAUCUGAUCACUGAAAACUGCCAAAUUCUUGUUUGCAGUAAAGUAGAACUAAAGUUUCAAUCAACUAGUGACACUAGUCCAUAAAAAAGGAUAUGAAGGAAAUAGCUACUGGAAAGCACUGCCCACAUAAACAGCAGAUACUAUAUUACAGAUUUGUGCAGAGUUCAAUCAUAAUUUGCUGUACACAGAGUUUGAAACCCACUUAGGUGUAGUUUUCAUAAGCACACUUAUCUACGUAAUCCUACAAAAAAGUUCUGAAAUUUUGCCUCACCUGGUCUGCAUACCAACAUAUGCAUCGCAAUUCUUGUUGCAUGUAUGUUUAUAUACCUCAAACAGAUGAAUCUCCAAAUAUUUUUCUUACUGCAACUAUCAAUUUGACUAGCGUGAAUGAUAAGGAACUGUAACCAAAAGGAAAAAAAGUACAGUAAAGCAGUGACGGAAGAGAGAUUGAGAGAGGUGCUGCAGUCUGAGGCACUGGACUUGUAUUUAAGAAGGGUGGGAUUCAUAUUCUUAUGGAUGGCAUAUUUAGAUUUGCAGAAGUUUCCCUAAAUUUGUUACAGCUAAUUCUAGAGUAGUUCCUUUGAAAAGCAUAUGGUCAGUUACCUCCCUACCUGUAAAAAUAUGAUCAAUGUUUUGACUAAUCUGAAAGAUUUUUCUCAGUUUCAGAUCAUUUUGAGGAAUUUCAUUAUUGUUCGCUUUAGCAAAGAGAUGUAAGAGGUUCAAUAGAUAAAAAUAAUCGGUCUAUAUUUAUAUUACACUUUUUUAAUUAUUUGUCAGUUGCAGUAUUUUAUUUUAUAUGGAUAGGUUCGAAACAGAUAAAAGUGGUAAAUAUUCCACAACACCACCUUUGGGUAGACUGUGAACUGUAUUUUCACCAGUGAUAACAAAAAGGGGUCAGAAUUUUGUGAACGUAUGAAACAAUGUGAUAAUUCUUAAAAUUUAUUCAGUACAAAACUAAUCUAAAAAUUAAAGAAGAAUGUAAAAAUAUAAAAAAAAUGUUUCUCAUUUUAUGUUAAUGAUAAUUCAUCUCUAUCUAAUUAUUCAUAUAAGUUAUAUGUGCUCCUGCCCAAGUUACUAUGGCUACUCAUAAGAUACCAAAAUAUUAGUUUAUGAAAUGUAACUUGCAGAAUUUGAUUUUCUUAGAAAUGAGAAUAAAU